AUGUCAAACACGGAUGAUGAAAAGCAGGGGCAGGCUACACCAAGCCACCCCGAACCAAUUUCGCUGCCCCCAAACACGUCUUCAGCCAAAUUUCAUGAUUUCCUGCGCCGUGCCAGCGCAAUCGUCGGCGACGAAAAUGUUGUUGUUGUAGCUGGCGAUGACCAGCUCCAACAGCAAGAUUAUAUGGACCGCUCCAAGGUGCAUGAUAUGUUCCACAUAUUGGAAAAGAGAGACUUCCUCCACUCAUGCACUGUCGCUCCCAAGGAUGUUCCUGGUGUCCAGGACAUCAUGCGCCUUGCCAAUGAGAUGGAAAUCCCCGUCUGGCCAUUCUCAAUGGGUAGAAAUCUUGGCUAUGGAGGUGCGGCUCCUCGUGUGCCCGGUAGCAUCGGUCUUGACAUGGGCAAAAACAUGAACAAAGUGCUCAAAGUAGACGCGGAUAGUGCUUAUGCCCUUGUUGAGCCAGGUGUCUCUUUCUUUGACCUGCACCAAUACCUCGUUGACCAUGAUCUGCGAGACAAAGUCUGGGCUGAUUGCCCUGACUUGGGUGGUGGUUCUGUCAUUGGUAACACCAUGGAGAGAGGCAUUGGAUAUACUCCUUAUGGAGAUCACUGGAUGAUGCACUGCGGCUUGGAAGUUGUUCUUCCCGAUGGAUCAUUGGUACGAACUGGCAUGGGUGCAUUGCCCAACCCGAACGCAGACAAAAGCGCGCCACCUCAUGAGCAAGAGCCAAAUGAGUGCUGGCAGCUGUUCAAUUACGGCUUUGGCCCGCACCAUGAUGGAAUCUUUUCCCAAGCCAACAAUGGCAUUGUGACAAAGAUGGGUGUUUGGCUCAUGCCUAACCCAGGCGGCUCGCAAACGUACAUGAUCACUUUCCCCCGUGAUGGCGAUCUGAAUCGCAUUGUCGAGAUCAUGCGGCCCUUGCGAGUUUCCAUGAUUCUGCAGAAUGUGCCAAAGCUAGAUAAUAUCCUUGUCAGCGCAGCCAUGGAGGGAACUCGCAGCUCUUAUACAAAUUCCAGUGAGCUUCUGACGGAUGCCGAGCUUGAUGCCAUAGCCGAGAAGCUAGGCCUUGGUCGCUGGAACUUCUACGGUUGCAUAUACGGACCGCCGGAGGUGCGCGAAGUCUUCUGGAAAGUCAUCAAGGAAGCCUUCAGCCAGAUCCCAGGUUCCAAGUUCUACUUCCCAGAAGACCGGCCUCACGACAAGGCGCUGCAGACGAGAAAGAACACAUUCAUCGGAAUCCCCUCAAUCACAGAAUUGGACUGGGUAUCAUGGUUGCCAAAUGGCGGACACCUCUUCUUUGCGCCCAUCGCCAAGCUCACAGGGGACGAUGCCGAGGCACAGUACGAGUUGACGCGCCGUCGUAGCGAAGAGUAUGGUUUCGAUUUCCUCGGCGCGUUCCUUGUCGGCGUGCGUGAGAUUCAUCACAUUGUUUGCAUUCUCUUCGAUCGGGAGGACCCGGAGAUGCGCACUCGGGCACAUGAGCUUAUCAAGCUUUUGAUUCAGGAGGCGGCGGAUCGUGGAUGGGGAGAAUAUCGCGCUCAUCUGGCGCUGAUGGAUCAGGUGGCGGGUACUUACAAUUUCAACGAUGGGGCGCACAUGAAGUUGAGUGAGAAGAUUAAGGACGCGCUCGAUCCCAAGGGUAUUCUCUCGCCUGGCAAGAAUGGUGUGUGGCCCACGACAUACAAGCAAUAUAACAAGCAGAUUUAG